UAUUGUUAAUAUAAUGAACGUGGGCUUCUAUUCUUAUUGUAAUACUUAUUUUAGCUCUAAUAUUAACUGCAGAAUAUUGUCUUAAUUCUGUGUCAUAAGUAAAUCGGAGACUACAGAAUUAUCAAGCCAACAAAUCAUUUUAAGAAUGGAACAUAAUAAUAAUAAAGGUUACAGUUAUUUGGAUGGAUUCGUUGAUAAUAUGCAAUUCGAAUUUUGUAAUCGAGUAGCAGAAAUAAAUAAUGAAAUAGGACGAAUACAAGGACAAGUCGUUUAUAGAGAAAGAGAAUUAAAUCUAACUUCACCAAUUUGUACAAAUCAUAAUAUAACUUCUCAAAAUCAAGACAGUAACGCUGAGAUAAAGUCUAAUUUUAUUGACACAGAUACAAUCAAUAAGAAGAUAAUCCUCCUUGAAAAUAAUAGUAAUGGAAUUUAUCUAAAUCUAAGGCUUGAUAUUAGCCAAUACGAUCCUAAAGGAAUUUUAAUAAAUCCCAUUAAUAAUCAAAUAAAAAACACGAAGACAAAAUAAAACUUUAAUUCAUUCUCGCUUGGAAAUUGUUAAAAAUGGCGGUUUGAAACACUCAUUCUACUACGUCACAAGAUCGGUUGUGACGUCAAGUUCAGGCCUGAUAGAUAUUUAGGUGGCCAUGGUUCAGCCCUCCACAAUGGGAGCGACCGAGUGAUAGAGCACGGAGCCAUAUAUAUAAGCAGGGCCAACGAGAGCUUGUAUGGAGUCCAGGGAAGAGCGGUCCACUUUUGCCCAAUAGCAGGUCACUUUUGCUUAUUUUCGAACAAAUAAAAAGCGUUGAAUUUUUUGACAGUAACAUUAAUUUAUAGGUUUUUUUUAGCUCCACUAAAAGGGCCUCUUUUAGCAAGCCCAUUAUGGAUUCGGCCAGGACCACAAUGGGGCGCCCGGGUGGUCGAUUUAUAGGGGUAGGAAUCACCAUCUGCCACUAAGUUUCCUCCAUGUCCAAGGAAAAUUUUCAGCUUUUCGCCCACUUACCGCCAACAAAGAUUCCUGGGUUCUCUGGAGCCGUAAUCUGAUGUUUUAACCAUCUCGAUCAUUCAAUUGUCUUUUUUUUUAUGUUUAUAGUAGAAACGAAAAAUAAUUAUUUUCAUAAUUUGACAUUUUCGUUAAUUUAUUUCAGUGUUAUUAUAUUUAUAUAGGUUACAUCAUAUAUUAUUCGUAUUGAUUAGAUCUAAUGCAUAAUAAGAAUUUCAAUUGACGAAUUUUGAUUCUCUAGAGAACAGAACUAAUCAUUUCGUAUUAAUAUUAAUCGGACUAUUAUAAAGGCAGACUACAAUCAAUACAGACAACUGUAUUUUUCGAAAACUUCCAAAUUAUAUUGCUUUCUACGAUAACACAGAUUUAACCAUAUCCAGCAAAAGAAAAUAUUCUAAUGAAAACUAGUCUGAUGAGGAUGAAUUCAGGUCAACAUAAUCGAAGAAGAAUAUUACCUUCUAGAUCAACAGAUGAUUUCACACGUCUUCAAAAACAGAUAUGGCCACUUAGUUUGUUUCUCAAAUUCUACGGUAUCAACAUCUAUCAAACAAAAUUCUCUAUUUACGGUUGUUUUAUUAUUAUUAUUUUGUUUUCCCAACUCGUAUACGCACUCGCUAACACUGUUAUAUACGGUAAAUUACAAGGUUCGUACAUGUUUUGCUUUCGAUUUCUUCAAUUUGUCGCACCGAAUAUCAUCCUCAACGUCUCCUACCACCAUUUAAGACGAAAUCGCGGAAACAUCGUCGCCAUUUUAAAAUCAUUUCAGAACGAAGACCGUUAUCCAUUCAUUCGUUUAAAGCUUUUAUUCAUUUGUUUCUUUCUAUGUUUCUUCGGAGGAUUACACAUUUACGCUUUUAAGCGUGUUAAAUCACUUAUCACUCCCCAAGGCUUCUUUAAAUUCUUUAUAUUAAAUAUAAAUAUUACAGAAUGGGAAAUAUCAGAUUUCUGGCAGAAUAUUAUUAUUGAUUUCCUUUUUAACGCAGAUAUUUGGUUGUUACUUAUUCCUCGAAUUGUAAUAUCUUUAUGCUACGUCACGCUUUGUUACCUUCUUGGGAAUUCGUUUGAAAAAUUCAAUGAAGAACUGAAAGAAAAUAUGCAACACUCCUCGACGGAUGUUGAAGUAUUUUAUCAAAGAUAUUUAAAUAUUUGCAAAAUUACACAAAGUGUAGAUGGAAUCUAUUGCCGGAUGGUAUUUCUGUGGUUCGCAUUUCUUGUAAUGGAAUUAACUUACGAUUUUUUUAAUUUAGUGACGUCGUUUGGCCAAGAACAACAAAGACCCAUCUAUUUACAAUUGAUAAUAAUAGCAAUUUUGCAUUUACUUAAAUUCUUCUCAAUAUCUAUACCAGCAGGGAGCAUUCGGACUGUUUCACAAUCGCUCAUAUUUGAAGUGUGCAGAAAGUCGCAUCUUGAAGGUGUUGCUGGAAAUUUACGAAAACAGAGAAUUUAUCAUAAUUUAGCUGUUUGUAUGCAUCGUAAUUUCGCUUGUUUGACUGGAUGGAAAGCUUUUAACAUUACAGGAUCUCUUAUAUUGACUACUUUAAGUCUAAUUUCGUCGAUUAUUAUAAUACUUACUCAAUUCCAGCAAACUUUGCACAAAUUGAUAAAGAAUGUAUAAAUUAACUGAGAAUAUUUUUACAUUUUCAUAAACUUUUUUCUCACUUGCAACGAUCUGAAUAUGAGAAUUUGCACAGAAAUUUUAGGCACAAAUAUCUUUGAACGAGAUUUAUCAAGAUGAAUAUUUUUAUGUACAGUGUGUGUAUUGUAAUCAGUAGCUACUUCGUUUUUAAGCAUACAAUCUUUAUUAAUUGAUUUAUUUACACAAUUAAUUAAUACAAAGAUUCACAUAAACAUGCAGUAACUUAAGACAAUCGUAUUCAAAGCCAUCAA